AUGGAGGCCGAAAGUGGCCCUGAAUUAAAAUACAAAACCGUGGCCAUGGAAGAGACCAGAAGGGGUGUGGGUGAUCGUGAGACAGCAAGCGCGAGCGAGUCGCUCGUCCCUCGACCCACCACGCGAUCACGUGUGCACGGUGGUUGUCGCAUCUUUCGUCUGCACCACAUCCUAAACACAAGCCAAAAAGCUCCUUCUACCGUAGUCCUUGCUUGCUCGCCACCUGUCAAAUGGAUGGAGCCGGCGAAUGAGGAGGCACAGCCACCUCACAUGCAGCAACCUCUACAUAACCAAAAAGAGCGGCAAAAAUCUGUCCCCGUCUCUCUUUUCAAUCACACCACGAUUUCUCCGCGUAAUUUCUCUACCAAUCCCACAACGGCGGCCUCCACCACAAUCUCUGAAAACAACGAUUAUAACAUCACCUCAGCGGCCGUGGCAUCAGGAGCAGCAGUGGAACAAUCACCACAUUCGGAUGAGGAACCACCGCCAUGGAUAGCUCCAUCAAUGUCAACGGCUAUAUCAGGCGUAACCCCCCCUUAUUGGCGGCACCAUAGGAGCGUAUCCCUGGCAUCGCAGACGUCACUAGAAACCGCCACGGCACAGCGCAGGUCACUUAUACGCCUGGAAGACCACACGGAGGACCCAGCCAGCGAGACGAGCCAGGGCCUUUGGGCGCGCAGCGUGUUGAUCGAGGAUUAUAUUGUUGUGAAGGGGGGGAGGUCUGGGAUUGGGGCAUAUGUUGUGUGGAUUUGUAAGAUUCAGACGUUGGAGGGUGGUCUCGUGGUGGUUCGGAUGAGAUACUCCCAAUUUGACGAUCUGCGAUCCAAACUAGCCACUGCUUUUCCCCAUGCCAAAUCGGCACUCCCGCAACUCCCGCCCAAGAGCGCCAUAUACAAGAAGGGGAAGAAGGGGAAAGAAGGGGAAAGAAGAAGCAAAGGGGAAAAACACAAACGAAGGGGGGUGGGAUGGUAUUAA